GAGUUGGUAAAAGGACUUCACGGGUGCAAAACAAGACAUCUGUCUGCUUUCAAGGAAUGUAAAGAUUUUUUCUGCUACAUGUCCGUCUCCCUGUUUUUAGUUAAAAUAUAGAUCUGAGUUCCAUUACCCUGGAAAUUACAGUGUUUUUCUGUAAGCUUCACAAUGAGUAUGAAAAGUGCUCGAACAAUUAGAGAACCUCUGAAGAAACCUCGGCCCCUUAAGUCAACAUCUAGCUCUGAACAAAUUAAAUUCCAAGUGCCAGAGUCUAAAGAUGCUGUGGUCCAUAAAUCUAAAGCUGAUAUCCUGGCAGAUCUAGAAGCUUUGAAUGUGAGUAUAAGUAACUGCAACUUUGAUGAAUUUACAGCUGCAGAUGUAUCAACAAUGUGUGCUAUACUUAAAAAGCGAGGAGAGGAACUUGAUUCUAGUCAUAAAGAUGCUGUUGAUCGUUAUUUUAGCACCCUUCGCAAUGCUGCUCGUGAGGAUAGAUUGGAUAUAAUAUCUCGCUUGAAGUUACUUGAAGUGAUUGAAAUUAGAGCUAUGGGAUGGAAAACUAAUGAAAAUCUUACUAAUUAUUACAACUCAAAAAUUCAGGAGUUAGAACAAGGAAUUGAUCAUUUGCACAUGUCUGGUUCUACUUCGCCCAGUAUUUCAUAUCCCCUGCAGAAUCAGAAUUUGUCUGUAACUAGUGGAAUGCCAUUAGCUCCUGGUGAAAUAAUUAGGUCAUCAGGAAAAUUUGCUAAACCUACGAAGAUAGCAGGAAAAAAUUAUUUCAAAGAUGAAAUUGUAAUCAGAAAUUCAGACUCAGGGAAAGUGAUGGGUAUCAAAGGACGACGUGUUCACAUGAUUGAAGAAUUGAGCGACACAGUAAUAUCAUUUCAACGAGUGAAUCCUGGAGCUCGUGAUAGGCUUGUACAGAUCACUGGUCCUCAUGAAGAAGCUAUUGG